CUCUCUGCAUACCACUGCUCUUUGCAGUGUAGGGAUACGAGGCAGGAUGGGGCAGGCUGUCCAAGGGCUGGGAGGGGGAAACAGAGGCCGCAGUUGGCACCCAGCAACCAGGAGCUGAGAUGGUGCCAGCUGUUGGCCCAGUGCCUCAGAGCUGCCUCACGUGUAGGUUAUUAGUAUCAGCGGGACAGCGUAUGUUAGUGUUUCUGCUUAAAGACACCAGUGUCGGCUGUUAGUCUAGUGCAGGGGUCCUCAAACUAUGGCCCGCGGGCCACAUGUGGCCUGCUGAGGACAUUGAUCCGGUCCUCCAGGUGUUUUUGCCACCACUGCCUGUCCUGCUACAGUGCGCGUGUGUGGAAUGUGUGCGCACUCUCCGACUCCCCUCCUCUCUGUCUCUCACUCCUCUUCUCAGUCGUGGGACUAACUGGUGCACACUUGCAUCGCUUGUUACGACUAGCAGUGACAAAUACGGAACCAGACAUUGACCAUCUCAUUAGCCAAAAGCAGACCGUUGGUCCCAUUGAAAUACUGAGAAGUCUUGCCACUGGGCCCGGAGGACAAUCUGCCCGGCCAGAGGUAUGGUCACUGUCUUAGUUCUGCUCACACUGAAGGAUCAGAGGAAAAAUAACAACGAAACAGACUUCAAGACAGAAACAAUCUUCGCCAGUCAAGAAACUCUCAAAAGUCUUUUGCCAUGGAUUUAGAAGAUGAAGAAAACAUGAGUUCCAGCAGCACCGACAUUAAGGAAAAUCGUAAUCUGGACAACAUGCCCCCCAAGGACGGCAGCACACCAGGGCCUGGUGAGGGCGCCCCGCUCUCCAAUGGAGGCAGCGGUGGCACCAGCAGGAAGCGGGCCCUGGAGGAGGGCAGCAAUGGCCACGCCAGGUACCGGCUGAAGAAAAGGAGGAGAGCUCCGGGGCCUGUCCUCCCCAAGAACGCCCUGAUGCAGCUGAAUGAGGUCAAGCCCGGACUGCAGUACACUCUGCUGUCGCAGACGGGGCCCGUGCACGCGCCUCUGUUUGUCAUGUCCGUGGAAGUGAACGGGCAGGUAUUUGAGGGCUCUGGCCCCACAAAGAAAAAGGCAAAACUUCAUGCUGCGGAGAAGGCCUUGCGGUCCUUCGUCCAGUUCCCCAACGCCUCUGAAGCCCACCUGGCAAUGGGGAGGACCCUGUCUGCCAACACGGACUUCACGUCCGACCAGGCCGACUUCCCCGACACGCUGUUCAAUGGCUUUGAGACCCCAGACAGGUCAGAACCACCCUUCUACGUGGGCUCCAAUGGGGACGACUCCUUCAGCUCCAGCGGGGACCUCAGCCUGUCGGCAUCCCCAGUGCCUGCCAGCCUCGCCCAGCCUCCUCUCCCUGUCAUGCCGCCAUUCCCACCCCCGAGUGGGAAGAACCCCGUGAUGAUCUUGAACGAGCUGCGCCCGGGGCUGAAGUAUGACUUCCUCUCUGAGAGCGGGGAGAGCCACGCCAAGAGCUUCGUCAUGUCUGUGGUGGUGGAUGGUCAGUUCUUUGAGGGCUCAGGGAGGAACAAGAAACUUGCCAAGGCCCGGGCUGCGCAGUCUGCCUUGGCAACGAUUUUUAAUUUGCACUUGGACCAAACGCCCUCCCGCCAGCCCAUCCCCAGUGAGGGCCUGCAGUUGCACCUGCCACAGGUGUUAGCUGAUGCUGUCUCACGCCUGGUUCUGGGUAAGUUCGGUGACCUGACCGACAACUUCUCCUCUCCUCAUGCUCGCAGAAAAGUGCUUGCUGGCGUCGUCAUGACAACAGGCACGGAUGUCAAAGAUGCCAAAGUGAUCAGUGUCUCCACGGGAACAAAAUGCAUUAAUGGCGAGUACAUGAGCGACCGCGGACUCGCACUCAAUGACUGCCAUGCGGAGAUAAUAUCUCGAAGGUCCUUGCUUAGAUUUCUGUACACACAACUUGAGCUUUACUUAAAUAGCAAAGAUGAUCAGAAAAGAUCCAUCUUUCAGAAAUCUGAGCGAGGAGGGUUUAAACUGAAGGAGAAUGUCCAGUUCCAUCUGUAUAUCAGCACCUCUCCCUGUGGAGAUGCCAGGAUUUUCUCACCACAUGAGCCCAUCCUGGAAGAACCAGCAGAUAGACAUCCAAAUCGUAAAGCAAGAGGUCAGCUUCGAACCAAAAUAGAAUCUGGCGAGGGGACAAUUCCAGUGCGGUCCAACGCGAGCAUCCAGACAUGGGACGGGGUGCUACAGGGGGAGAGGCUGCUCACCAUGUCCUGCAGCGACAAAAUAGCACGCUGGAACGUGGUGGGGAUCCAGGGCUCCCUGCUCAGCAUCUUUGUGGAGCCCAUCUACUUCUCCAGCAUCAUCCUGGGCAGCCUGUACCAUGGGGACCACCUCUCCAGGGCCAUGUACCAGCGUAUCUCCAACAUCGAGGACCUGCCGCCACUGUACAUGCUCAACAAGCCUCUGCUCAGCGGCAUCAGCAACGCAGAGGCACGGCAGCCAGGGAAGGCCCCCAACUUCAGCGUCAACUGGACAGUAGGCGACUCAGCCAUUGAGGUCGUCAAUGCCACCACAGGAAAGGAUGAGCUGGGCCGCGCGUCCCGUCUGUGCAAGCAUGCGCUGUACUGCCGCUGGGUACGCGUGCACGGCAAGGUCCCCCCCUACUUACUGCGCUCCAGGAUUACUAAACCCAACAUGUACCACGAGUCCAAACUUGCGGCAAAGGAGUACCAGGCCGCCAAGGCGCGUCUGUUCACAGCCUUCAUCAAGGCCGGGCUGGGUGCCUGGGUGGAGAAACCCACAGAGCAGGACCAGUUCUCUCUCACACCCUGACCUGAGCAGGCGCCUCGGGGGUGCCAAGGGCUGCAGAGUCUGGCAAUGUCCCCCAGAACUUCAUGUCUGAACUGGGGCAGGUGUACAGCCUGGGGAGGGCAUGGGGGACACGGGGGCUACCGGGUGUCCAGUGUCAUCCCGACAUCUCACGUCUGACCUGGGGCAGACGUGAGGGCGUCGGGGCCCAGCAUCCCCGCCUGGCGUCUCUGCUGCAGUGUUCCCCCUUUGACCUGCCCAGCAGCUGCUUCCCAUCGCAGUUUACAUUUAGAAAUUGAGUUCUACUGAGUAGGGCUUCCUUAAGUUUAGGGAAAUAGAAACUACUUUGUGUGAAAUUCUUGAAUAAAUAAUUUAUUCAGAGCUA